AUGCCGUCUCUCCAGGCGGUCCCGUCCAUCACCAAGCAGCAGCAGAGCGCCCUUGCUGCGCACCAGGCCAAGCUGGUGGCGGCACGCAAGGCCCUUGGCGCCCCUCUCCGCUCCGCCAACCUCUCGCAGCGGCUCUCUACCGACCUGGGCAAGAAGGGCCUGCCCAUGAAGAAGAGGCGGCCAGGGGACACCCGCCUCCCAGAGAAGGCGAGUCGUGCCUGCCCAUCCUGGGGGAUGGCGUUUGGCAUGCUCUUGAUUUGGCGCUCACUGGCUGUGCGCGUCCUCGUCCCCUCCAGCGUGCUGCUCUGCGACCUGCAGGCGGCGGAGCGGCGCGUGGACGCGCUGCUGGCGAGGAAGCGCGGCGAGCUGCAGGACAUGCACGCCAGCUUCCGGCGAGGCGCGCCCGGCACCGCGCAGGCGGCCGGCACGCUGCGCAAGAAGCUGCGAGUGUACGUCUUCACCGAGCACGCCCACCAGGGCGCCGAACCCGGCCCCGACCCGCCCUCCUGGGCGCUGCACAUCCAGGCUCACGGUGCGGAGUUGGUCCAGCUGGACCCGGAGCAGUACCCCGGGUCUAGCGGUACCAUUGUCUGGGAGCGGGCGCGACACGACCUGGAGGAGCGCGAGUCGUUCAUCGUGCGGCGCGCGGGUCGGCUGCCUGCCCGCGCCACGGUCAGCCUGGAGCUUGACCACAACCCGCAGCUGUACCUGCCCUCCCCCGCGCUGGCCUCCCUGCUGGGCCUCCAGGGCCUGCACUCCCUGCCCUUUGUCCUGCAGAUGCUGUGGGGCUACAUCAAGCAACACAACCUGUUUGAGUCUUCCCCGGCCGCGCCUCUGAUCCGCUGCGACGCCGCGCUGCGCGCUGUCACCGAGCAGGCCAGCCUGGGCCUGGCCGCGCUGCAGGAGGCGGUGCGCGGCCACCUGGCGCCACCGCCGCCGGCGGUGCUGGAGGUGGCGGUGCCGGCGGGCGGGCCCUCCCCCUCCCACCCCGCCUGCUAUGAUCUGGUCACCGAGGUGCCCAUCCCCGUGGACGCGGUGCACCACCUGGUGGCGGCGCAGGCGCGCGACCUGCGCAUCGCCGCCGGCGGUGACGCGCUGGAUGUCCUGCCCCCGGCCGACGUCUUUGCCGAGCGCUGGGUGGAGGACGCAGCGCUGCGCGUCAUGGCCGCGCGCGGCUCCGCGGCCGGCUAG